UAUUGGAUCAAUUCCUGAACAGAUUUUAGAAAACGAUGAGAUUUUGUUAGAUAUACCUAAUUGUCCUACAACCUUAUUAAUUAAUGAGAUCAUUGACUUGGAAAUUGAAGAAAAUUCAGAAUCUUCUACAGCAGAAACGUCCCGAGCUGUUUUACCCGAGGAUUUUGAUUAUGAUCCUUGUGAUGUAUUAAAUAGAUUUUUAGAACGUGAAGAGCAGAAUAAGUAG